ACAUCCUGAAUUGAAGAGGGUAGACUGUGAAGGUCAGUGAGGCUCUUUUAAACCAAUGUUGGGCAACUUUCACAAUUCUUUCUUCGUAUGUAUUAAGUCAGGCGUCUGUUCUUGACACAGCCAAAGCGUAAAACCCGCAACAACAACACAUACUUCUGCCUGAGGCUCACCAGCUAGCUGUAUUUCUACUCUGAGAAAAGUUCUCCUUCAGCAUUGACUAACUAACUCAGGUAAAGGUGUGUUUUUUCUCCACAACGGAUACUGACUCGUACUUUAAUCUCUCAGUGUUGUGGAGCUGGUUUUAAUGCUAUAGCUACGUUAAUAUGGUGUGAACGUGAUUUCCUGACGGUAGCUAACAUGUGAGGACCUGAUAAGAGGAGGGUUUUUUGGCAGAAACACACACGUAUUAAAUAUUUUCAUUAGUGCUGGCAUUGCCUUUCAUUCAUUCAUACAUGCUUUGACAGGUUCAGGGUAACAGUAACAGAGAUAAAUGUAGUUUAAGGUCUUACUGCGGUUGCCAUGGUUAUACUAGAAACAGACUGUGUCUCUAUGGCAACAGGUGUAAUAGCAUCAGCUGCCUAUGAUUAAAUACUUAGGUUGAUUUCUCCUAAACAACUGGCUUUGGAAAGUAGUUUGUAGAGAGGCGCAAACGAGGAUGAGACAGAUUUAUUGCCCGUGAACUGGAAGUAUUUAUGUAGAGAACUUGAGGAAAGGUGAAGGAAUACUUUGAUUUCAGUUAAAGACACCAUAGAAGUUUUAUAGAAAAGGCAGAAAUACAGCAUGGAGAAACUAAAAGAAUCAGUAUAAGUAAUAAGGACAGGAGUACGCACUAGGUAAAGUUUCCCAAAAUGUAAGCUGACCUCAAACUGGGGAAGUUUGAGUGUGGUCCCCAUCAUAAUUGGGUAAGAGGAAGAGGCCCUGGUGAGAUAUAUUGUCUGGAUGGCAGAUCACAGAUUUUCUCUAACCAGAACUAUUAUAGUGCCUUGUAGAAAAAAGGACUGUGAAGGAGUCAAGAGUUAAUCUAAAAUGCUUCAGAUGUUGAAGAGACGAGAAUAAAGAAUAAAAUGACAUCUUGUAAAAGUCAUAAUAAUCUUAAUAAAUAUAACGCACAGACUACAAUAUUUCCAAUUAUGAGAUAUUUAUCCAGCACUUUAUAAUAGAUGGUUUGUGUAAAUAUGUAUUUAUCAUGGAGUAGUCUGUGUGUUCAUCUUCGAGGACACUACAUGACAUUAAGGAUAGGUGUGUGAUAAUGUGUGUUUUCUCUUUACAGAAUGCCUUUCCAUUUUUGCCCCCAGUGUGGGACAAAGCUGCAGCCUGGUUUUAAAUUUUGUCCAUCAUGUGGGGAGAAGCUCCACUGUCCUGCUGAUGUACCUGUAGCUGUGGGGGCCACUGCUUCUCUAAACGUUUCACCCCUUAAAAGUGAUAAAGCAACAAUAUCAAUCGUUAAAACAAGUCUAGCUUCAAGCACAAGUUGUGAGCCUACAGAAAGUUCAAUUUCUCCUCGUCCUGUAAUUCGAAAGACCCGCAACACCCUCCGCCUGGACAGGGAGGCCACUCCACCUGCCAGUAAUUUCACUAAUCUUGUUAGAAAUGACAGGAUUGAAGAUAACAGCAUUGGAGUCCAGACAUCUCCACUAAAGCAGCACACAGUCACUUUCAAUCUUGACACACAGGUGGAGCCAAAAUUAGAGUCUUCUCCUGCAGGGAAAUCCCCUCGAUCUGUCAGAGGAAAGGCAAACCUCUCCCCGCGUGCUGUGAGGCAGGUGGAAAAAAGAAAGAGACCAAGUGAACGAACAAGUGGUAAACAAGAGGAAUCAACAGUAGACGGCUCUCUUGUGGCCAUCACUGCCCUCGUUUCAUCACCAAACGCCAAGUCUCCUUCAAAAGGAAAAGGCAAAGCCAAGAAGGCAAAACAUGCGCCUGCUGUGGAGCCGCUACAGGAGGGUGAGGAGGUGACCGACACGACGGGCAAGAAGUGGAAACUGGUGAAACUGCUCAGUCAGAGCACGACAGAGCUCAUCUACGAAGUUGUACAAACAGCGUCACGGGCCAAUUCCAAGGAGUCAAACCACAUCCUCAAACUGGGAGCUAAAGAUGGAAGAAUCUUCAAUGAGCAGAACUUUCUGCAGAGAGCAGCUAAGCCUGCAUCUGUGGACAAGUGGAUCAAACAAAACAAGAUGGAUUUUCUCGGGAUUCCUUCCUGUGUCGGCUUUGGUCCUCAUGCAGAGUCUUACAGGUUCCUUAUUUUCCCCAGUAUAGGCCAGUCUCUCCAGUCUGUGAUGGAGGAGGGCAACCAGCUUCUGUCUGAGAAAGUUGUUCUUCAGCUCGCCUGCAGAAUAUUAGAUGUGAUGCAGUACAUCCAUUUAAACGAGUAUGUUCAUGCUGAUAUUAGUGCAGAAAACAUCUACAUCACAGCAGGACAGCAGUCACAGGUAUACCUUGUAGGAUACUGCUAUGCCUUCAGGUACUGUCCAGGAGGCCAGCAUGUAGAGUACCGUGAAGCCAGCAGAACAGCCCACGAGGGCACCGUGGAGUUCAUCAGCCUGGACGCUCAUAAGGGAGCAGCUCCGUCUCGACGCAGUGACCUGCAGUCUCUGGGUUACUGCAUGCUGUGUUGGCACACAGGGACGCUGCCGUGGUCCGCCCUCACUGAGCCGGACCAGGUAGCCACUCAGAAAGAGAGGUACAUGGAGGAUGUUCCUGCACUGUUAAGUCAGUGCUUUGGAAAGAAGAAAGUUUCCAGUGCAUUUAAAACCUACCUGACUGCAGUGAUGGCUCUGCAGUACUCUGAGGAGCCCGACUACUCAGCGCUGAAGGCCGGGCUCAGUGCAGCUCUGCAGCAGCUGGGCGGGUCGCUGGAGCAGCCGCUCAGCUUUUAAGUGGGGACACACAGCUCUGCAACAUCUGUGCGCACACACCUGUGUAUCUCUGGUCCACUACAGAUUCAGUAUUAGAUUUUUACCUUUUUUUUGGGAGAAUGUACUUUGCUGAAUGAAAUUGAUGAAGUGUGAAGUGUCUCUCAUUUGUAACGUGACACUCUUAAAACGUAUUUUCAUCUUUUAAUGUCUUGUUUACAGCUGAUGCAGCUCCUCUUAUACAUUGAACACUGAUUUUUAUUGUACCAUUUCUGAUUAGAGCACCACAGGACUAAACUUAGAUAAUCCUCUGUGAAUUUUAUGUCUGCCAUGAUUCCUGGUAGAACUCCAUUGAUUAAUUGACUGACAGAAAAUUGACCAGCAACUAUUUUGAUAAUCAUUUUAGUAAAUUUUUCAAGAAAAUAUGCCAAAACAUUUACCGUUUUCAGCUUCUUAAAAUUGUUGAUUUAUUGCUUUUCUUUGUCAUUCAUUGUAGCAAACUGAUUAGCUUUGACCUCUGCUCAGUCAAAACGAGACAUUUAAAGACGUCACCUUUGACUCCCUGAAAUUAUAACUAUUUCCUGACAUUAGAUAGAUAAGGCGAUAAAUCAACAAAAUAAACUAUAAUGAAAAUGACUAUGUGACUAAAUGACUGAAAAUAACAACAUUUUCGCUCAAGAAACAUUGAUUAUAAUCAGACGAAUAGGAAAUAUGAAAGCUAAACUUAAAACUCAGUUUCUGCAUUAAUAUUUUGGAAGUUUAACUCAUUCAGUGAUGAUAAUAUAACUGCCUACUUUAUUUUAACAGAAAUUGAACAGGAAAAUUGCAAGAUGGACUGUGAUUAUUGACUUGUUUUAUCAUGUUGUGUUUGAGGUUUGUUUGUUUUUUGCACUAUAAGCAGGUUGACGUUAAGUUCAGUAUGUGCUGAUGACACUCAUCAGGUUCGAGGGGUUUGAUUGGAUCGUCGUUUUGAGUGUUCACGGUGUCGUACAUUUCUCAGAUAAAAUGUGCUGCAGUUUGAAUGGGAGAGUGAUGCAAAUUCUCAAUUUUUGAUGCAGAUAUUGGGUGUUACUUUGUUAGUUAAAAAUGUGUCACUCCACAAUUCGUCUUGCUUUAGGUAUUUUAACUAGUUGAUUGUAAUUUUUACACAUUGCUUAACAUGUAGCUGUGGUUCAUUUACCUAUAUUAAAUGGCUAUUUUCUUUUAGUUUUUAAACAGUGCCUUAGUGUCCUUUGACAUCACUUCACAACAUUUAAUUUGUUUAUGCUCGUAAGAAAACAUUUUAAAUUUAAAGAGUGGAAAUAAAUAUCUUCAUGCUG